AUGCGGCUGCUGGUCACGUUCCGCUCGACGCGCACACCGGUGGUCGGCGACAAGUUCGCGUCACGCGCGGGGCAGAAAGGCAUUCUGUCGCUACUGUACGACGCGGAAGACAUGCCGUUCUCCGAGAGCGGCAUCGUGCCCGACAUUCUGUUCAACCCGCACGGGUUUCCGUCGCGCAUGACGGUCGGCAUGAUGAUCGAGUCGAUGGCCGGUAAGGUCGCCGCGCUCUCCGGCGAGCUGCAGGACGGCACGCCGUUCCGCCAGCGCGAAACGCCGCGCGAGGCAGACGCGUGUUCGCCGGUGGACUAUUUCGGCAAGGAGCUGCUGAGCCGCGGCUACAGCUACUACGGCAAAGAGACGUUGUACUCCGGCGUGCACGGCGCUCCGAUCGAGUGCGACAUUUUCACGGGCGUGAUUUACUACCAGCGGCUGCGACACAUGGUGAACGACAAAUACCAGUGCCGCAACACGGGGCCCAUCGACGCGCUGACGCACCAGCCGCUGAAAGGCCGCAAGCGCAAGGGCGGCACGCGCGUCGGCGAAAUGGAGCGCGACUCGCUGCUCUCGCACGGCGCGAGUUUCACGGUGCAGGACCGGCUGCUGAACUGCUCCGACGGCACCGUGAUGCACGUCUGCGCGAAGUGCGGCGUCAUU